CAGAGACUCACAGUAACACAGAGCUACAGCUCAGAACACAGACAGCAUCAACACAGAACUAAUCUGAAUGAGUAAACAUGGAAAGAUACCUGCUUCUGAUUUUAAUUGUGACUCCAGGUGUGAUAACUGCAGACCAGAUUGAACCAAAUAUAGGAACAAACAUCAUUAAGAAAGAAGAUGAUAGAGUAACACUGAGCUGCUCAUAUGAUACUAGCAGCAGUGAUGUUACACUUUACUGGUACAGACAGUAUCCUAACACAGAACCUCAGUAUUUAAUUUGGAAAGAUGCUCGGUCAUCGAGUGGUACUGGGACCCCCUCUGAUCGUCGGUUUCAGUCGACAACAUCACAAACAUCCACUGAACUCAUUAUUAAUGGUGUAACUCUGUCAGAUUCAGCUCUCUACUACUGUGCUCUUUGGAACCCAGUGAUACAAAGUCUAUGUGCUAGUUUUGGAAAUGAAAUCACACCAGAAAGCACUGAGGAGUUUGCUGUAGAAGGUUCAAUUGUUAAACUAUCCUGCAGUUAUUCUACUGCACAGUCACUUCAAUGGUACCGUCAGUAUCCCAGAAGAGCUCCUGAAUACCUUGUGCUCAUAAUUGAAGGUGUGAAAGACAAUAAGAAAUCUGAUGUAGAUCCAAGAUUCUCUACUAAACUCAGAAAAGAAAAACAAAAGCAAGUGGAUCUGGAGAUCUCCUCCGCUGCAGUAACUGACUCUGCUCUUUACUACUGUGCCCUGGUGCCCACAGUGACAGGAAACUGA